CGACGGAGCGCACAGAUGGGGUGGCUCAACCUGCCGGCGUGCCUGCGCUGCGGCCAGAAGGAGGAAUUCACAUUGUCCACAGAGAAAAUUGCUGACAAAGAUGAGGAGAAUGCUGAGCGGGGCAACUGGUCAAGCAAAACGGACUAUCUGCUGUCUAUGGUCGGCUACGCCGUUGGUCUGGGCAAUGUAUGGCGGUUUCCCUACCUGACCUAUCAGAAUGGAGGAGGGGCCUUCUUGAUACCCUACACCAUCAUGCUGGCUCUGGCCGGGCUGCCUUUGUUCUUCAUGGAAUGCUCCCUUGGGCAGUUUGCCAGCUUAGGACCCAUUUCCAUCUGGAGGAUUCUACCCCUUUUACAAGGAGUGGGAAUCACAAUGGUGCUGAUUUCAACAUUUGUGACCAUCUACUACAACGUCAUCAUUGGCUACAGCCUCUACUAUUUAUUUGCCUCUUUCCGAAGUGAGCUCCCUUGGGCGAGCUGUGACCCGGAAUGGGCUGACGAACUAUGCAGCAAGACUGCAAUUGUGCUCUCGUGCAAUGCCACACAGAACGAUGGCACCAUUAUCCAUGCCAACUACUCUUGGGUCCAAAGCCAGAACCUCACCUGCCUCAAUGAAACCUCAAAGUUUGCAGACACCCAGGUUCCCAGUGAACAAUAUUGGAACAAAAAGGCUCUACAGCGUUCGUCUGGCUUAGAUGAAACGGGGCAGAUCGUGUGGUACUUGGCCCUCUGCCUUCUCCUUUCAUGGCUGAUUGUGGGAGCAGCUUUGUUCAAAGGCAUUAAAUCUUCAGGAAAGGUUGUCUACUUCACAGCGAUCUUCCCCUAUGUCAUCCUCAUUGUGCUUUUGGUACGAGGCGCCACACUGGAAGGUGCCCAUGAGGGCAUUGAGUAUUAUAUUGGAAGACAGUCCAAUUUCACCAAGCUUAUGGAGGCAGAGGUGUGGAAAGAUGCGGCUACCCAGAUCUUCUUUUCUCUCUCUGUUGCGUGGGGAGGUUUGGUUGCCCUCUCAUCAUACAACAAGUUCCACAACAACUGCUACUCUGACGCAAUCUUCGUCUGUGUGACCAACUGCCUGACCAGCAUCUUUGCUGGGUUUGCCAUUUUCUCCAUCUUGGGUCAUAUGGCAUUCAAGGCAGGCAAGAAAGUCUCGGAAGUCGUAGACUCAGGGUUCGAUUUGGCGUUUGUUGCCUAUCCGGAGGCUCUCUCCAAGUUACCAGUCGCUCCUCUCUGGUCCUUUUUAUUCUUCUUCAUGCUUCUGCUCUUGGGCCUCGACUCUCAGUUUGCUACCGUAGAAACCAUCACAACAACUAUCCACGACCUGUACCCCCGGCUGAUGAACAAAAUGAGGAUCCCAAUGACCAUGGGCUUGUGCCUGCUGCUAUUUCUGCUCGGGCUUGUGUGUGUCACGCAGGCAGGAAUCUACUGGGUCAACUUAGUGGACCAUUUCUGUGCUGGCUGGGGAAUCCUUUUCGCGGCUGUCCUUGAAUUAGUGGGAAUCUGCUGGAUUUAUGGAGGAAACCGAUUUAUCCAAGACAUAGAAAUGAUGAUUGGGAAGAAAAGUUUCUGGUUCUGGCUGUGGUGGAGGGCAUGCUGGUUUUUCAUCACCCCUUGCCUCCUUCUCGCAAUUUUGGUCUGGUCUUUGGUCACAUUUGCACCUCCUACGUACGGCUCAAUAAAAUACCCCAGCUGGGGAUCUGCCAUCGGCUGGUGCAUGAUCAUCUUCUGCCUCAUCUGGAUCCCCAUUGUUGCAGUGUACAAGAUAAUAAAAGCUAACGGAAACCUAUGGCAGCGCAUUGUCAUCUGUUGCAAGCCAACUGACACCUGGGGGCCCGCCCUGGCAAGCCAUCGUGGAGAAAGGUACAGCCAUGUGAUCGAUCCCGUCAAGGAGAAAGACAUUGAGAUCCCAACCGUAGAUGCCUACAUACACAAGAUGGAAUGAAGAGAUGUCGCGGUACAAGUGCUGCCUUUCAAAAAACCCAACACAAAGAGUUUGAAAAUAAUGGGGUGGAAACGGAAGCCAUACUAUUUAUUCAGAGAACUUGUACAUUCUAUUACAGAGCAAAGGAUAAGUCAGUGGAGCUUGAAGACUGGUUCUUCAGCCUGGCUUGUGCCUGUCUGCACAGCUGCAGGGUGUGCUGAGGUUGCAAGCAAAGCCCUGGUCAAACGGUGCUUAAACUGGGUACAUGCUGUGCAUGGAGAAAGAGUGGGGUGGCUGUCCAGAGCUUGUGAUUCAAGCAUAGUUCUAAAUUCCAGAUGUGUUCAAGCUCAGUCUGUGUCAGGCAUAUGCCCAGUGCCUUGGCACACUGAAGUCCUUGCAAGGCAUGAGUUUGCAUGAGUCCUGUUGGAACUUUCAUCCACUGCCUGAUAAACAAGGGUCACAUUCCUAUUCUACCUCUCAGGGGCAUUACUUUGUCAAAUGCACUUCUGUAAUACUGUGAGAUGAUUUGCCCUGUAAGUGCCUAUAGCUGCAAUCCUGUGCACGCUUACCUUGAAGUAAGCCCCAUUGAUCUUAGUGGAAAUUACUUCUGAGUAAACCUAUCCCAAGAGCUGUGUACAAACACAAAAUUCACAGUCCUGCAUGUAAGCAGUUCAAAUCUGUGUACCAAAGAAAGAUGAUUAUGUGCAUAGUUUCAUCUGAUUCUACAUAAUUUAUUCUUUAAUUUAUAAGGUUUUGCAUUGUUUAUUCUCAUUUUGCAAUCCUGGGAGCAGUGGUCCUGGAAAUCCCACCCCCUAGCGGCUGUGAAUCUUAUUCAGCUGCUUCUUCAGCUUCUGAGCGUUCAGCAAUAAUUGCUCACCCUCAGGAAUAAGGGCUAAGCACUUUUUUAAAAAAACGAAAACACAGAUUCUCAGCCAAAUCCUGCAAAUCCUGUGUUUUUUCCCUGUGUUCUUGCAAGAAUUGCAGCAUACAUGCAACUGUGGAUAUAGCCAGAGGGCAGAGUGUGGCUGGCUGGCCAGCCAGGCUGAAGUGAUAUCCACUGUUUUUGGUCUCGUAGUUUACUGGUGGUACAUCUCAGCAUGAGAUGAUGAUGAUACUGAUGUUCUUGCUUCCUUCUACAUCUGGAUCACUGUUCCAUUUUGUAUGAGUGUGGGAGGGAAAUUUUUCUUCAGAAUGUUACAUGGACUGCUUAGUUUCCUCUUAGCCUACCAGUCUUUAAAACUCUUCAGCCAUCGUUAACACCACUUUUCACUUCGUAGUUCUCUUUUCUGUCUCCUGCAGAGGCAGAAAAGAAAUUGUGUCAGAAAGGGCCUCAGCAACAACUCAGGAUGCAGUCAGCACUCUUGAGCCUCAAAUUUGAGCUGUGUGGACUGAGACAGUAGUCUUGGGCUUCUUACAAGGAGAACAAGCACCUCUCUCUUGCCCUCUCAGGUGACCCCUGAUCAAAUGGAGGUAGGAUAUCUUACUGUCUCCAGUGAUGCUCCAACUAGCUCCUAAAGGACUUUCACACACGCUCUGUGCCCUGAAUUUCUGACUAUGGAAGGAUGUGUGGUAAAAUUCUCCUCAUAACUUGGCAGGAUGUGACAGAACAACCAUCUUACCAAAUUGUGGCCCUUUUCAGACUACCUGUCUAUUUCUGUUUUAGUAACUGGUUACUAACUUUUUUCCUGCCAUUUCAGACAGACCUGUUUUAGUAACUGGCUGCUAGCAGAAUUUAUUUACCAGUUCAUACAAGCCUGCUUGCCUCCUGUUGGUGAAGCGUGCCUGAGCCAUUGUUGACGUAAACUGCUUUCUUCCAUUUUCAAACCCUUCGUUGUGCUUCUGAAUCACUGUGAUGUGCUGUAUGAAAUUCCCACAGCGCUUCCUGCAAUGACACUUUGUUUUCCCGCCCUUUUUUGCUGCAUAUGCGAUCUUCCUUCUUCAGCAUUUUUUAAUGUUCUAAUGUGAGCACUAUAGCACUCAAGCACAAUCACAAUUCAGCGCGAUAGUGGCCUGGAUUUCAUUGAGAUGCAGUGCGAUUGCUACUGUUGUCACCUGGAAACAAGGACAUCACACGUGGCACUGUAGUCAAUCUCCACUCAGUCUGUGUCCUUCCCACCUCCAUUUCACAAUUUCCUGUCAUGAAGGCUGGGAUCCCAGAAGUCUGGUUAUCUCAGAUUAUGUGUGUUGUGUAUGUUAUGUGGAAGGGAAGAUUCAUGAACUGCAGUCCUUGUUUGAGCAAAUGAUUUUCUGCCUCUCCCUCAAUUUCUUUCAACUUGUGUUUUCUUGCACACAAUAUGGCAGGCAUGGGCAGAGACUGGAGUCUCCUCCAUCAUGGGUAGAUGGCCUGCGACAGUGAGGCAGGGUGGUGCUGGUUUUCCUGCAUACCUUUUUAUACUGGGAAAUUUUUGUUUGUUUGUUUGUUUGUUUGUUAAUUUAACAUGUUGC